AAAAAGAAAAAAAAAAAGAGGAGAAGAGCAACGCGUCUUUUCUCCACACAAACACAACCUUCUCUCUCUCGCUUGCGCGCUCUCUCUCUCUCUCUCUCUCACACACUGACACACACACACUAACUCUCGAGAUUUUCACAUUUUUUCAGCUAAAAUUACCAUUAAUGCCCCUCCACAAAAUCUGCGAGAACCAACACUGGACUCUGUCAUGUGGUUGUGGUGGUGCUGCUAGUAAUCUGUGACGGAUUCACAGAUCUCAAUCCAAUCCCCAAUGGCGUGAAACUGGAGCACGUGUGCGCCACCUCCCCAUCCUCGUUUUCUGUUUAUACCUUUUUUAACCGAUUCCUUCCAAAAGCGAAUACGACAAGGGACAACGUGGGAAGAUGUCGGAGCUCGAAGGCGGCAACUGUUUUCCGCGUCUCUUGCUCGGUGUCAAUGUCGGUCUUGCCCUUGUUGAAGGAAUCGUUGCUUUCGUUGCGUUGUUUCAGUUGCUUAGGAUUCACUUGCGUAAUCAAGAGCUUGGCUGGACUCGACAAAAAGUGUUUCAUGUAUUGAUUGGCUCCUCUAAUCUGGGUUACUUUGUUUACUUGGUGUUGGCACUUUUUGCUGCUUGCAAUGGAUGGAGAUGCUGGUCAGACUCUUGUGGUUUUAUCUUUAUGGCUUUCCCCAAAAUACUUUUUUUUGCAGCAUUUCUUCUUCUUUUAUCCUUCUGGGUCGACCUUUGCCAUCAGCCUGAUGAUGAUGAUGACUAUGAAGGAAGUUUUAUUGAAGAAGCUUUGUUAGAAAAAACUUCACAUGCAAAUUUAGCAAACAUAGAUAGCCAUAGAAAGUGUUUUCCUGUUCGUCUUUCUCGUAUUGGAUAUCGGCAAAAGCUUGUUAUUUUGGUUACCUUGCUACUUUUCAUCAUCAUGAUGGCAUUUGCUGUAAUAAUCUGGAUUGGCCUAGGAGAAAAUCCCAUUGAUUCUGAAGUGGCUUCUCGAAUCAUGCAGGUAUACUUGGAUCUUUCUGCUAUUGCAAUGGUUUUGUUGGGAGCAGCUUUAGCAUGUUAUGGAAUCCUAUUGUACUUGAAGAUGAGAAAAGUUAGAGCUGAGCAACCUUCAUCUGAAAUGUGGAAGGUUGCAGGUUUAACUAUUGUAUCUGUACUGUGCUUCGUAUCAAGUUCCUGUGUAGAGCUUUUAACUGAUAUUCCUUUACUGUAUCACUGGCACCAGUGGCCUUUGAAUGAUAUUUACGCCUCUCUUCUACUUGUUUUGUAUUAUUUCGUUGGUUCAUCACUACCAUCAGCAGUGGUACUGUGGGUAAUGAGAGAAUUGCCACCUGCAGAAGCUUCUAAUGUACAGGAAGAAUCAAGAACAUUAGCUUUUGUUGCUGAUAGUUCAGUUGCUACUCAUAAUCCUCAGCGCUGGACUACAACAACUAGCAUGCAGAAUCAGGCAUCUAGAGCGAGCCCUAUAUGAAUAUAUGAUCGAUGUCAUAACAUUUUCAAAUACAUAUCUUGUUCGGAUGGACUUUUGGGCACACUCCUGAAAUUUCUCUAGAAUGUCAAACCCUGAAGAUGCAAAUGAGAUAAAACAAAGCAGGCAGGUGCAAGUGCUCUAGGGCAUCGAGAUCUACGUUCCCACUGUAUUUACAUUCUAAAUAUAAAUGUAAAUAUCAGCAAUUUGAUAUAUGAAAAUUCCCUUCCUUCCUAUUAUACAAAUUUUGGAAUGCUAAUGAAUGUGUCAUUGUUUUUGGGUUCUUUUUGGAAA